GUAUCGUGAUUACAUCAUUUGUUUGAAUAAUAAGUAAUCAGUUUAUAAGGCAAUCAAUCUAAAUUACUUGUAAUUAACGCUUGUUUUUACAUUAUAUUAAAAUGGAUUUAUUUCCCAAGAAACAGUUGCAAAAACUGUUCUGGAUCAAUAUUAAUUUCAUUUAAUAAAUGACUCAACCACACCUUCAGCUGCUCCACAUCUGACCACCCUCAGAAUUUAGUUUGUAGCACAGCUCUUAUCGGUGAUGUUUCGUGUUUCCUAAACCACCAUGGGAAAUAAAUUAUUGACAUUUUCGGAACAACAAUUAGAGAAUUAUCAGGACUGUACUUUCUUUACGAGAAAGGAGAUUUUAAGAGUCCACAAAAAAUUCAGAAAUAUUCGCCCCGAUUUAAUCCCGAAACGUAUGCGGCAAAACGAGCAAGUCACGAUUAAAGUACCACUGGAGGAUAUUGUUGAAAAAUUACCCGAACUGCGGGAAAAUCCUUUCAAAAAACGCAUUUGCGAAGUGUUCUCCCGCGACGGGAAAGGAAAUUUAUCUUUCGAAGACAUUCUGGACUUGCUUUCAGUGUUCAGCGAGCAAGCUCCAAGGGACAUAAAGGUUUUUUAUGCGUUCAGUAUAUAUGAUUUCGAUAAUGACCAGUAUAUCGGGUCCGACGAUUUAGACAACACGCUGCUUUUGCUCAUGCAUCAGGAACUAACACCUGAGGAUCGGCAGCAAAUCAUCGAAAAGGUUAUAGAGGAGGCAGACGUUGACGGGGACGGGAAGUUAUCUUUCAUGGAGUUCGAGCAUGUGAUUACGCGCGCACCCGAUUUUCUCUCCACUUUUCACAUUCGGAUAUAGCCAAAUCAAUGAUCAGAAACAAUAAAAUUUAUUUAUGCUUCAAAUUACAUCUCAUAUGUACAUCCAGGAGGAGAAAUAUAAGAAUAUAACAGUAAUAUGAAGAACAAAAGGCACGUAUAACACACACGAAGUGAUUGUCGCCAAGUCACAAUCAUGAAGUAACGAAAUAACGAAUAGAAAAGUAGUUUUAUUAGUCUCACAGCUACAUCGUAUUAAGAUUUCUUUGUUGAUUAUUGUAUUGAACAUUUAUGAAUAAACCACAGUUGGCCGCUA